AGAAAAUUGAAAAUAAACUUAUAGUCUAUUUAUAAUCUUUGCAGGUCUUUUGAAUAUUUAAUAUUCUAGUAUACCUUUUUUUAAUUUAUUAAUUAAUACAUUUAUGACUCGAUGAUGGAUAAUGGCACUCAAGGCCAUUACAACACUUCUAUAUCAAAUUCUGUGGAACCUCGUACAAGUAAUAAUAUGUACAUUUUACAAGUUAAACCAAGCAGUAGUGAAGGAUCUUUACAAGCUGAUGCUAUUCCACUCCACAUGCUUAUAAACGGACAAGAUCCCCAACAUCAUCAGUACUUUAUCCCAGUAAUGCAAGGCAAACAAUUACAAUUGUUUAUUGAUUCCCAAGAACAAGCUGGCACAAACACAGCAAAUAACCAAUAUUAUAGUAUCGUCACUGAGCCACAGACAAUCAACAACGAAUUGCAGAUCCUGAAUAGUGACAUUAGCGUUACACCCAGCCAUGAACAUAUAUUGCAAAUUAAAACAGAUGCAAAAUGCAGGAUGAAUAAAUUGUCUUCAAAUGAAGACAAAAUUAAUAAUACUAAAGCUAAAGCCUCACAUAAUGCUGAGCAGAAAAAGGGAGUUGUGCAAAAGUUUGUGCACAUCUCGGACCGCUUGGUGCCGCCUCGGGCGGUGGCGGUGCUGCCGGGCGCGCUGCAGCUGCGGCGCGGCGCCGUGUGGCCGCGCGGCCCGCUGCCGGCCCGGGUGCGCUUCGGACCCGUCCAAGGGAUCAAACGCAAUCUAUCAACGGAAGAAGCAGAGAGCCUAAAAUUAGCGCACAUCAACUCAAGCUUGCCACUGUUCUUGCUGGAAACGGAGGACGGCACCCACACGCAUAUAGAUGUUUCUGACAUGGAUAAAUCAAAUUGGCUAAGCUUACUACCGCUAGGAGACCAAAGCACAGCAAACGUGUGGCUUUACGAAGAAGACCACGAAUUAUACGCGGCUACAAUAAAAGCAAUACCCGCCCGGGUGCCGCUUGUACUGGGCUAUAGCAAGGAGUACGUGGAUGCCCACAAGUUACCUGUCGAACAGCCGGUAUUGGACCUUGAGGCAGAAUUGACGGCAAAGCAUCGUCAAUGGUGGUGCCACGAGUGUCAGCGAGCCAUGUCUACAGCGGCGUCGUUACAGCGGCACAUGGACGUCUAUCAUACGGAGGAGAAGCAGAGACCUCGCCGCUAUUACAGAUGUCUGCACUGCACCAGAUCUUUCUCCAGAUUGUUUACUUUAAGACGGCACACGGCACGGCAUUGCACUAAGAAAGCGAAGGAAGACAAAAAUAAUGAAUUACAAGCUGGACAAACUGCGAAUGGUCUUCUUGACACUUCAAAACCAGACGACCUCCCCGACCUAUCCAUCACCCCCGCCGACGACAGCCGCCUACCCUCCGACGAGAGUCUCCAAACCCUCACGAACAACCUAGACUUCUCCACGACCCUUUUCGACACGGACCGCAUCAACCUCGAUAUCUCGGGCAGCUCGCGGGAGGACUUUAACUACUCACUGGGGCUUAAGGACGAUAUUGCGCUGGCGGCUGAGAUAGAUUUUGGAAUUGACGAUUCGUGCAGUAAAAAGGAGCUAUCCAUCACCCUGGCUGAAGACAGCCGUGUACCCUCCGACGAGAGUCUCCAAACCCUCACGAACAACCUAGACUUCUCCACGACCCUUUUCGACACGGACCGCAUCAACCUUGACAUCUCGGGCAGCUCGCGGGAGGACUUUAACUACUCGCUGGGGCUUAAGGACGAUAUUGCGCUGGCGGCUGAGAUAGAUUUUGGAAUUGACGAUUCGUGCAGUAAAAAGGAGGUUAGUACUGUAUUUGAAACCCUCUCGAACAAUCUAGACUUUUCCACGACCCUUUUUGACACGGACCGCAUUAACCUCGACAUCUCGGGCAGCUCGCGGGAGGACUUUAACUACUCACUGGGGCUUAAGGACGAUAUUGCGCUGGCAGGUGGGAUAGAUUUUGGAAUUGACGAUUCGUGUAGUAAAAAGGAGGUGAGAAAAGAGAACACGGAAACAGUGUUCCUAACCUGUAGAUAUUGUAACCAAGCCGUCAUACGAGGGCGACAACGUCAGCAUGUCAAGUCGUGCACGGGAAGAAAAUUUCACUGUGAGUGCGGACGCGCGUUCCAAUAUAAGGACAAACUGGCACUACACAUACACAUAGACCACCCUAACCUGACUUCUGACCAGCGGGGACAGAAGAAUAGUAAAGAAGACGAGUUGCAAUAUAAAUGUGAAACGUGCAAUCACAAGUUUAAGCGGCGCGGUAUGCUAGUGAACCAUCUCUGGCGAGUACACAAGACGCUCUCAACUGCUGUCCCUCUAGAGAAGAAAGUCCGGCAUUACCCGUGCGUCACGUGUCCCAAAGUGUACCGGACGGCCGCGAAACGGGACAGUCACGUCAAGAUACAUCACCCUGGUUUGUCGGUAUCCGGCGUAGGAACAUCGAUAUUUGGCGGGCGCGUGGCGUGCGCGCCGGCCGCGUGCAGCGCGUGCCCGCGCCAGUACGCCACGCGCGCCAAGCUCCUGCAGCACGUGCGGCUACACCACCCCGCGCUGGCUCCCCCGGUCAAGAAGAAAAUAGGUCCGUUUAAAUGAGAAAUAACGACAUGCCUACGACCUAAGUACAUCAUCGGCCCGAUUGGGAGCAAAAAUGCAAAAUCAUGCCAUUAUGUUAUAAGAAAAAAAAGUUUCUACAUCAAUAAAUA